AAUAAAAGCUAAAAGAUGGCUGGCAGUGGGGAUCCCAAGUGGCAAAAGGAUGCAGCCGAUCAAAAUUUCGACUAUAUGUUUAAGCUACUGAUAAUCGGCAAUUCGAGCGUAGGCAAGACAAGUUUUCUCUUUCGUUAUGCCGAUGACAGUUUUACCUCAGCUUUUGUGUCAACGGUUGGCAUUGAUUUCAAAGUGAAAACUGUGUUUCGACACGAUAAGCGCGUCAAGCUGCAAAUCUGGGAUACAGCGGGUCAGGAACGUUAUAGAACAAUAACUACAGCAUAUUAUCGUGGCGCCAUGGGUUUCAUUCUAAUGUAUGAUGUCACAAAUGAGGAUAGUUUCAAUUCUGUGCAGGAUUGGGUAACUCAAAUCAAGACAUACUCCUGGGACAACGCACAAGUGAUACUUGUCGGCAACAAAUGCGACAUGGAGGAUCAGCGUGUGAUCUCAUUCGAGCGGGGCCGACAGCUGGCCGAUCAGCUGGGUGUUGAGUUCUUUGAAACGUCAGCCAAAGAGAAUGUCAAUGUUAAGGCUGUUUUUGAGCGACUGGUCGAUAUAAUUUGCGACAAAAUGUCGGAGAGUUUAGACUCGGAUCCUACGUUAGUGGGUGCUGGGCAAAAGGGACAACGACUGACAGAUCAACCUCAAGGCACGCCCAAUGCGAAUUGUAAUUGUUAAAUAUACAUACACAUAUGCACACAUCCCUAACCCCCACACAUACAUACAUACAUAAAUAUAUAGACACAU